GGUCCACAACUGGGGACAGUAGAAAGGACACCAGCUUGGAAUCAGUUUGGACCUGUGUCUGCUGCACAGCUGAAUCCCUGGGAAAGUAAGUUAUUUAAACUUUCUGAGUCUGAAUUUUUUCACCUGGCAUAUGGCAAUGAAAAUACAUACAUCUCAGAUCUACUAUGAGGACUAACAAAGCUCUUUUAGUGUAGCAUGGCAGAAAGAACAAUGCCUAUGCCCACACAAAUACCUGCUGAUGGAGAUACACAAAAAGAAAAUAAUAUUCGUUGUUUAACUACGAUUGGACAUUUUGGUUUUGAAUGUUUGCCCAAUCAGUUGGUGAGCAGAUCUAUCCGACAAGGAUUCACUUUUAAUAUUCUCUGUGUGGGGGAAACUGGAAUUGGAAAAUCGACACUGAUAGACACAUUGUUUAAUACUAACUUGAAAGAUAACAAAUCCUCACAUUUUUACUCAAAUGUUGGACUUCAAAUUCAGACAUAUGAACUUCAGGAAAGCAAUGUUCAGUUGAAAUUGACUGUUGUGGAGACAGUAGGGUAUGGUGAUCAAAUAGACAAAGAAGCCAGCUACCAACCAAUAGUUGACUAUAUAGAUGCCCAAUUUGAGGCCUAUCUUCAAGAAGAACUGAAGAUUAAACGUUCCUUGUUUGAGUACCAUGAUUCUCGCGUCCACGUGUGUCUUUACUUCAUUUCACCUACAGGACAUUCCCUGAAGUCUCUUGAUCUAUUAACAAUGAAGAACCUUGACAGUAAGGUGAAUAUUAUACCACUGAUUGCCAAAGCAGACACAAUUUCUAAAAAUGAUUUACAGACGUUUAAGAGUAAGAUAAUGAGUGAAUUGAUUAGCAAUGGCAUCCAGAUAUAUCAGCUCCCAACAGAUGAAGAAACUGCUGCUCAAGCGAACUCCUCAGUUAGUGGGCUGUUACCCUUUGCUGUGGUAGGGAGUACAGAUGAAGAGAAAGUUGGAAAAAGGAUGGUCAGAGGCCGUCACUACCCUUGGGGAGUUUUGCAAGUGGAAAAUGAAAAUCACUGUGACUUCGUUAAGCUCCGAGACAUGCUUCUUUGUACCAAUACGGAAAAUCUAAAAGAAAAAACCCACACUCAGCACUAUGAAUGUUAUAGGUACCAAAAACUGCAGAAAAUGGGCUUUACAGAUGUGGGCCCAAACAACCAGCCAGUUAGUUUUCAAGAAAUCUUUGAAGCCAAAAGACAAGAGUUCUAUGAUCAAUGUCAGAGGGAAGAAGAAGAGUUGAAACAGAGAUUUAUGCAGCGAGUCAAGGAGAAAGAAGCAACAUUUAAAGAAGCUGAAAAAGAGCUGCAGGACAAGUUUGAGCAUCUUAAAAUGAUUCAACAGGAGGAGAUAAGGAAGCUCGAGGAAGAGAAAAAACAACUGGAAGGAGAAAUCAUAGAUUUUUAUAAAAUGAAAGCUGCCUCUGAAGCACUGCAGACUCAGCUGAGCACCGAUACAAAGAAAGACAAACAUCGUAAGAAAUAAUGGUUUCUCUUACUAUUCUGAGAGCCCUAUCAUUCUACAUCGCAACUUCCUGUGAGAUUGUCUUUGUAGCAUUUAACUCUGAUUGAAGUUCUCAUUUUAAAAAUUGGCUUGCUUAUUGUAUAUUUUCCCUAACUAAAGUGUGAACUCCUAGCGGGGUGUGGUGGCUCAUGCCUGUAAUCCCAGCACUUUGGGAAGCUGAGGCGGGUGGACCACCUGAGGUCAGGAGUUCAAAACCAGCCUGACCAAAAUGAUGACACCCUGCCUCUACUAAAAAUACAAAACUUAGCUGGGUUUGGUGGCCGGUACCUGUAAUCCCAGCCACUUGGGAGGCUGAGGCAGGAGAAUCACUUGAACCCUGGAGGUGGAGGUUGCAGUGAGCCAAGAUCUCACCAUUGUACUCCAGCCUGGGUGACAAGAGCAAAACUCCGCCUCAAAAAAAAAAAAAAAAAAAGGUAUGAACUCCCAGAAGGCAGGUCCUGUGUCCAUCUUUUCAGAUUCUGUAUCUUGGCACUUAGGACGUACACUAACACAAAGAUGACAUUCAAUCAAUAUUUGCCAAAAUGAAAAAACAAAAGAAACACGUAGCAUCAUGUAAAAGGAGCUGGUUAGGUGAAGAAAUUUAUUUACCAUAGUCCUGCUUUUGGAUCCAGUAGUGACUUUUACAUUUUAUAUCCAAAUAGAAGCUGGAGGCUUUGUUGGGGACUCAUAGGCAUAAAAUGUUAAGUUAUACAAAUCUAAUUAAUAGGCCUAUUUUCCUUUUUUAAAUUCGACUACUCAUAAUUUCUUGACAGUUUUUAUGAUAAAAGGUUGGAAUUUGAUAAGAACUCCCAUGCUUUUGUGUCAGACUUAAAACUGAUAUUAGAAUAAAGAAUUCAAAAGCUAGAGAAAGUCAGAGUUAUAUUUGAAUGAUAAUAUUAUGUGUUACAGAUUUGGGGUAUAUGCCAAAGUUAUCAAAGUUGUAGAAAAUAAGGCCAGGUGUGGUGGCUCACACCUGUAAUCCCAGCACUUUGGGAGGCCGAGGUGGGCGGAUCACUUGCGGUCAGGAGUUUGAGAACAGCCAGGCCAACAUGACCACACCCCAUCUCUACUAAUAAUACAAAAGUUAGCCGGGUGUGGUGUUGUGCACCUGUAGUCCCUGCUACUCGGAAAGCUGAGGCAGGAGAAUCGCUUGUACCCAGGAGGCAGAGGUUGUAGUGAGCAGAGAUUGUGCCACUGCACUCCAGCCUGGGUGACAGAGCGCUGAGUCACCACACCUGGUAUAAGCCACUGUGCCCGGCCCACAAUGACUUUUAUACAUAUUGUUAAAUCAUCUUACAGAUUUUAUAAUUUGGAGGAAGAAAAAUUUUACUAAAUGGUCUUUUAAUGGAAACUCUACAAGAACCAGAAUCUUUGCUUUGUUCACUUAUGUAUCCAUUCCUAGGCCUAGAAAAAUGUCUGACACAUAGCUGCAAUUAUUCGUUGAAUAAAUGGACCCAGCAAUAGUACAUUAGCUAUGCCAUAUGCAUACAUUAAAAAUGUAGAUUAUUGACUUUCAAAAGAUAAUUAAUGUAACUUCUUACUGCUUCUGAACAUGUUUGUGAGUUAUAUUGCUGAGGGACCUUUAUCUUCUCAUUCUUUCAUCUUAAUCCAAUGUUAUUAAAACUUAAACUGAAAUCACCAAUAUUAUUCCAUAUUUAAAAAUAACAUCUACCUUAUAAAAAUUAUCACUGUGCUGCAUUUGAGAAUAGACUUUUUAGGUAAUAAUGGUAUAAUCCAUAGGGUUUUUGAGGGCACAGAAGGAUUCAUGCUAACAGAACAUUUUAUUUUCUAUUUUCCAAGAGCUAUAAAACAUGAUAUUAUAUGAUACUAUAAGGCAUAUUUUUACUUUUUCCAUAAUUUUUUCUAAAAAAAAUUAGUGUUGGUUUUCCAUAUAACUUUUAACUUUAUAAGUAAAUAUUUGUCUCUUUCAGCUCCAGUUUCAUGUGAAAUAGAGUUUCCAGAUUUAUGUAGCAUGGAAAGUUUUAAUACGUCAGAGUUACUGAUUUUUGCCAGUCAUUUUCUCAAUUAUUUACUUCUUUUAUCUUUAGUUGAUUUUUUUUGUAGUGACAAGUUUUGUUUCUAUUCUCAUUUCCUUUUGUGUAUAUUCUAUGUAGAUUUCGUUUUUGGUUACUAUGAAAAUUACAUAUAACAUCCUGGAGUUAUAACAUUCUGAUUUGAAUUUAUUUCAACUUAACUUCAAUCACAUACCAAAAUUCUACUGCUAUAUAGGUCUACUCUUUUUAGGUUAUUGAUGUAACAAAUUGUAUCUUUAUUCAUUGUACACCACCUAACAGAUUUAUAAUUACAUUUUAUGCAUUUGUCUUUUAAAUCCUGUAGAAAAUAAAAAGCGGAGUUACAAACCAAAAUUAC